AUGCACCCCAACCAAAAAUUGGCACGAGAAAUUCAGACUUUCACACAUCUGGUCAUCACCAUCUUUGCCAUCGUGAAGAUCGCCGGUCGCGGUCGCGUACUGCGAAAGCCAACCAAUUCCGUCUUCCUCAUUUGCCAAAGGUCCAAGCAUGAUUCAUCAAACCUAGCCAUUGACGCGUGGGAUGGGCAGCUGAGCUAUGCACAACUUGAACACCUGACGACCGAAAUUGCUGCAAAACUACGGGACUGGGGAGUUGGCCAAGAUUGUCUUGUUCCUGUUUGUAUAGAAAAGUCUCUCUGGGCCGUUGUGGCCGAGAUCAGUGUUCUCAAAGCUCAGGGUGCUUUUGUUCCCAUGGAUCCUUCUCAGCCGGCCAGUUGGUGGAAGUCCACUGUCCAGGAAACCCAGGCAAAGGUGGUCAUUGGGUCCGCAAAACAGUAUCCAGCGUUGUUAUCCGCUGAACUUGGAGUUCAAGUUGUUGUUCUAUCCCCCGAGACUUUCAGUAUCCCCCCUCAUAACCACCGGAACAAUGAAACCCAACCCACUUCAAUCACACCACCCGCGAAUGCAGAGAGUACAGCUUAUGUUCUCUUUACCUCAGGAAGCACAUCGAAGCCAAAAGGAUGUUUGAUGAAUCAUCAGGCACUCGCGGAUAUUAUUCGACACAACGAAGCCCCCCGCAUUUCUCAUGCAAGCAGAGUGCUCCAAUUUACAUCAUACACAUUCGCUGUGUCCCUGAUCGAGAUUUACUGCACUCUCACAGCAGGAGGAACCGUGUGCAUCCCUUCCGAUGAGGAUCGGAUGAACAACCUCGCUAAUUACUUUGAGAAAUCGAGAAUCAACUGGGCUCUGAUGACACCGUCCACAGCAAACUCACUCACUGGACCUUGUGUGGCCCCAACCCUGCAAACCCUUCUCCUGGCUGGAGAGCCUAUGGGGCAACGCCAUGUUGAUAUAUGGGCAGAUGGUCUAAGUUUGCACCAAUGCUACGGUCUCUCAGAAUGGUCCGGGAUCUGUGCAUCCGUGGGACUAAUUCCAACCACACCGAACCUGUGGCUCGUCGAUCCUAAUGACCAUCAGCGGUUGGCGCCGAUCGAAGCCAUCGCCGAGCUGCUGAUUGAAGGUCCGAGCAUCACUAGAGGCUAUUUGAAUAACCCGCAGAAAACUGCUGCGGCACUUGUGGACUUACCUCACUGGUUGCAAGGGGCACGAAAAACACCCCAAGAAGUUUCAUCCACAAAACUUUAUAAGACUGGCGAUCUUGUGCAGUAUUUGCCCAAUGGAAGUAUUCGAUACGUUGCCCGAAAGGAUACCCAGGCCAAAAUUCGAGGAAAGCGUGUGGAAUUAAGUGAAGUCGAGCAUGCAGUAGGCGAGUACUGUUCCUCAUCAGAUAUCAACCGCGUGGUUGCCGAGGCUGUGGUUCCCGGCGACGCGGAUGGAACACCGAUCCUAGCUGUUUUUCUGCAUUACAAACAAGAUGACAACAAUUCCCGCGAAGGGAACAGUGGGUCUAUGUUCAUACGAACCAAGCAGCUGCUGUCCGACGCAGAGUCUUUACGCACGCACCUUCCAAAUGUUUUCCCUGAUCAUAUGGUACCAUCUGUCUACAUUGGCCUCGAAUAUCUUCCUUUGACUAUUACCGGAAAGGUAGAUCGAAGAGAGUUGCGAUCAUCAGCCAAAGUGCUCACACGAAUGGAACUGGCAUCAUUUUGCACCACUGAGAUAGCAGUCAAGGUGAUUCAGCCCACGGAGCCGUCGCAAAUCAUCUUGCACAGCCUAUUCUCCAAUAUCCUUGGAAUAAACACAGACAGCUUUGGAAUCCAUCAUAGUUUUCUCCGUUUAGGCGGCGAUUCGAUCAAAGCCAUGCGCCUGGCACAAGCCUGCCGGCCGUAUGAACUUUACUUUAGCGUGGCAGAUAUUCUGCAAGCCGAAACCAUUUCGAAUCUGGUGCCCCUUGCUCACAAGGUCUCUACGGUGGCUGGUGAAGAUGUGGCAGAACAGCCUACAAGCGUACCCGUGAACAAGAACUAUGUCCAGGGAAUCGGCAAAGUUGAGGAAGUUUACGGCUGUUCCCCAAUCCAAGAAGGAAUCUCAUUGAGUCAGGCACAAAAUUCGGAUUACUACAGACUUCGUAUGGUCUGGGUCGUUCAACCAGCGUAUAAAGGAUGCGACGUGGACGUUGAGCAGCUAAAGAAAGCCUGCAAUCAGUUAUUUGAGCUGCAUCCCAUGCUUCGAACAUUAAUUAAUAUGGGAGCAGACGUUGAUGGCUGUGCCGUGCAGAUAACACUGCCCAAGCACACAGAAUCAUACGUACACAUACUGCAUCAUCAUUCCGUCGACCCCAAAGCCUUGGCUGUUGCUGCGCCCAGGGGCAGCCAUGAUGCAUCUCCGCCAACCCGAGACUUGCCGGCUCUGUCGAUUCAUGCAUCAAAGACAGGCCCAGUGUUUCUCACCCUAGAUAUCAACCACACUGUCAUUGAUGGAUUCUCCAUGUCAAUCAUUGCUCGAGAUCUCGAACUUCUGUAUGAUGGGCUGAAGUCGGCCUCUAUUCCUUGUGCUGCUCAUUCUAAGUACAUUGAAUACGUGUCAGCCCAACGUCGGCGCUCGGCAAAGACCGCAUUAAAAUUCUGGCAUGGCUACUUGCAUGGCCUCAGUCCAUGUUUGCUACCAUCCUCGAAAGAACAGGACUCACAGAAGGGUCAAUGGCACUCUUUAUGUAUUGACCUUGGAGAUGCUAGGAGAUAUCAUGAAUUCAGUAAGAAAACCAGCACCACACUUGCGACAGUAUUCAAGCUAGCCUGGAGCUUGGUCCUUCGUUCAUUCGCCGUCACAAACGAUGUCUGUUUUGGUUAUAUGACAUCUGCCAGAGGAGUGCCUGUCCCCGGAAUUGAAGACGCUGUCGGACUCUUCAUCAAUAUGGUGGUUCGUCGAGUGAAAAUUGACACACAAAGUACAUUUCUGCGUGCUUUGCAACAGGUCCAAUCCAAGUUUAUCGAGAGUCUGGCCCAUCAGCAUGUAUCCCUUGUCGAUGUGCGCGCUUCUCUUGGCUUGACACAUAAUGACCUCAUGUUCAACACAAGCCUGACAUUUCCACCCGACUUUGAGGCAACUGAGAAACCAUCUGUUAGAAUCACACAGGCAGCUCUACAUGAUCCUACGGAGUUUGACAUCAUGGUUGAGGUACGAUCAAAUAACGAGAAAGUUCUGGCCACCUUGAAGCAUUGGACACACAGGGUGCCCAAAAAAGAAGUCGAAUGCCUGUCUAGAGCAAUGGCUGUUGCUAUUGAGCAUAUACUAGACGAUGAAAGCAAAGUCAUUCAAGGAGCACAGGCGUUGGACCCUAUCGAUUUGAGUAUUAUGGCUGAUCGGAGCGCAAGUCUCCCUGGGCCAUCUCAACUCUCCGUGAACGACUUGAUUGAAUAUCAGGUUAUUACCCGACCGACUGCGGAUGCUGUGUGUUCCUGGGAUGGCCAAUUCUCGUUCCAAGAGUUGGGAGAUUACUUUACUCGGUUUGCUCGGCUUCUUGUUUCCCUCGGUGUAGGCCCCGAUGCUUUUGUGCCUAUGUGCUUGCAUAGGAGUCGCUGGACACCGGUCGCAAUGCUAGCGGUUAUCAAGGCCGGCGGGGCCUUCGUGUUGCUGGAUGAUAGCUAUCCCGUGCAGCGGUUGAGAGAUAUUGUGGAUCAGCUCUCCCAUCCCGGCUUUGUGAUCACGCUGCCAGAAUCUGCCAGUAUAGCAGCCCAAUUGACAUCUAUUGUACAUUUAGCUGGAGACGAGCCAAGCGCGACCUGGCCGGUGGAUGAUAUACCACCUCACUCACUUCCCAAAGUUGAGCCAUCCACUGCGCUAUACGCCGUGUUUACAUCUGGACCAACUGGAAAGCCCAAGGGAAUUGUGGUAGAGCACGGAUCAUAUGCUCAGAACACCUUGGUUCACAUACAACAUUUUGCCGUGACCUAUCCUCGAGUUCUUCAAUUUUCGGGAUACAGCUUUGACGUUAGUAUAUUUGAGCAUCUCACCAUUCUGACCGCCGGUGGAUGCCUGUGCAUACCAUCCGAAGCCGACCGACUGAACCGACUCGUCCAGGUGGUGUUGGAUAUGAGAGUAAACCCCAUGUUUCUCACGCCGUCCGUUGCGCGGACGAUUGUGCCAAGUGAUGUUCCAAAUUUCAAGACCUUCGGAUUUGUUGGAGAGGCCAUGAACCAACAAGGCGUUGAGCUCUGGAGUCACUUCGUUCGUUUGACCAACUGGUAUGGCCCAGCAGAAUGCACUGUCUUUUGCGGCAUUCAGCCAUCCAUGGAAGGCCUUGAUUCUCGCAACAUUGGCUGGCCGGAAGGUUGCUCGUUCUGGGUCACCCAUCCAGAAGACCCCAACCAACUUCUUCCAGUUGGUGCGGUGGGAGAGUUACUUGUGCAAGGCCCUGUUGUGGGUCGGGGCUACAUCAAAAAUCCCGAGAAAAAUGCAGCCGCCUUCAUCAUGCCUCCGAAUUGGCUUUCCAUUUUCCCUAAUAGCAAGCCAGGGCCGAGUGAACGGGUCUACAGGACUGGAGACCUGGUUCAGUGUUCCCCAGAUGGGUCCUACAUAUAUUUGGGCAGGAAAGAUACACAGCACCGUUUGGAGGUGACCGAGGUGGAACAUCAUGUUCGAACCAGCUUUGAUGGAGCUACAGACGUUGUUGGCGAAGUAUUCAAACCAGAAGGGGCCAGCAACCAACCAUUGCUUGUUAUUUUCGUUGGCUGCCAGGCUUCGAGGGCAGAUGAGCUCUCCACCAGCUUGUUAGGGCCAUGGGAUGAUCCCCAGUUCAAGAAAACGGUAGCGGUAACCCGAUCCCGUCUGCAAGACAAACUGCCAGCCUAUAUGUUGCCGAACAUCUUUUUCCCACUCUCACAGGUGCCAAUUUCUCGAUCUGGCAAAACUGAGAGGCUGCACUUACGACAUGCUCUCAUGGCUCUGUCUUCAGAUGAACUAGACCUCUACAGUCAAACGCAGACAGUAAAAGUGACACCGUCUUCCGAGAUGGAGCUUCUCUUACAAGGCCUCUUUGCUCGGGUACUAAACGUGGAUCUUGCUCAGGUCGGAGUAUACGAUGACUUUUUUCGCCUUCGUGGUGAUUCCAUUGCCGUAAUGAGACUGGUGGCAGUCGCUCGCCAGGAUAAUCUUGUCUUCACAGUGGCCGAUGUAUUCAAUCAUCCCGCUUUGCAUGAUCUUGCCAAAAUUGCACGGCCGAUCACUGCCAAAGAAUCGUCUUUGGACACGUCCAUUUCAUCCUCCAUAACCUCAUUCUCUCUACAACCAAAAGAAACUCAUCGACAGGAGAAGAUCUGGGAGCAAGCCCUCUCCAUCAGCGGGUUGGACAAGGAUAACGUGGAGAAUUUAUAUCCGACAACGGCUUUACAAGAAGGAUUAAUGGCACUGACAGCACAACAAACAGCAAUGUACACGGUCCAACUAAGACUCUCUGUCACUUCGGGGGCGGAUCUUGGUCGCUUGAAAGAUGCUUGGCAAUCUGUGUUGGACUCGAACCCCAUAUUGCGAACGAGAAUAGUCCCAACAACUGAGGGAAGCAUGCAGGUUGCGGUAAAGCCAGAGACCAUAGUGUGGAUUGAGAUAACGGAACCUCACUUUUCUUCGUUGGACGAGUAUUUGGCUGGUGAUCUGGCGAACCCGAUGUCAUUUGGUCAACCUUUGGUGAUAUUUGCGGUCACUUCCUUUUCAGACCAUCGCCAUGGCAUCGAGAGCAAUAAAACCUCGCCUCCCAGCUCAGAGAUAAUAUUGACCAUGCAUCACGCCAUUAUGACCGCUGGUCUAUCUCUCAUCUUCUACAGCAGUGGUUUGCAACUACCAUACGGGAAUUUUAGUCCUUUCAUUCGCUACCUGAUUGAUCAGGAUAAAGAGGCAGUCCGCGAGUUCUGGUCUUCCGAGUUCAAGGGUCUUGAGAUGGCUGAAUUUCCUCCAUCAAGCUGUUCGAUGCCCAAAGAAAAUCUAGAAGUGUCCCGUGCAUCUGUGUGCUGCACUUGUCGCAUUGACCUACCGCAGAACAGCGGAUACACAAUUUCAACUCUGAUUCGGUUGGCUUGGGUAAUAGUAGUAUCCGCACAUACCCAGAGUGAUGAUGUUGUGUUUGGGUUGACUGUGCUCGGCCGCGGGGCUGCUGUAGCCCAAUUUGACGAGAUGACCGGGCCGACUGUAGCGACCAUACCCUUCAGGGUGAGCGUCAAGGCUACCGAUACUAUCGAAACGGCACUGGCAGCAAUCCAGAAUCAUGUGACCAACCUCAUGGAGUACGAACAAACUGGAAUCCAAAACAUUAGAAAGAUGGGUCCAGAGGCGGCCACUGCGUGCGAGUUUCGAAGUCAACUGGGAAUCCAGCCACCCCUCCGCAAGAAUAGUGAAUCUGAUAGUGAGGAUGUGAUAUUUUUCCUCACAACCUCCGGUCGUGAUGCUCCAGUACCAAACAUUGAGCUGAUGACUGGUCCAACUUUUGCAAUGGUACCAUGCAGAGUUCGGAUCUGCCCGAGUCAAUCCAUCCAGGAUGCCUUGCUUUCAGUUCAGCGUACAGCCGCAGAGACAGUAGCCUUCAAGCAUACCGGGCUGAAAGCUAUUUGCCACAUGAAUCCAGACACCAAACGUGCCUGCGCUUUCAACACCCAUCUCAUUUUCCAAAUAACUCCAGAUGAAGCCUCCGACGAGCCAAAGCUAUUCCAACGUCAAGCGACAGCAGCUCCCAGUAUCGCAGGUUUCACGAGGGUCCCUCUCCUCGUCAAUUUCUUCAUGCCGCAUGAGGGCAAUGUAGUGGAUAUGCAAGUCGCUUUUGAUCCACAUGUUAUUUCGAAACAAGAGAUCUGUCGUUUCUUGUCUCAAGUUCAGCACGUCUUUCAACAAAUCUGUGAAGGUGCUGUUCAGUCCAUAAAUGAGAUACAACAUGUGAGUCCGGAGGAUAUGAGAAAUUUGCAGGAUUUGCACACUUUGCUCCCUGCCAGUCGUACAGCCCCUGAUACUCAUCCUGUUGACGACCAGGGCCACUCCACUGGUAACAUGGGCUGGGUAACGAUUCCGUCCGAUCCCUCACGCUUAGCUCCCCUUGGAGCAAUUGGUGAACUACUGAUUGAGAGUCCCGUGAUGGAUGAAGAUAACUUGAAUGACCUUGGCGUGACGCCUGGGGCUUACAUUGAAUCACCAGAGUGGCUCUGUCGAUUCCGGGCUACUGGUACGGCCGGGCGUCUUCGUCGUACGGAAAAUCUUGUCAAAGUCGGUAUCGAUGGUUCAACCAAGCUGAUCUGUCGGGAAAACACAAAAAGACACCUUGGUCGCUGGAUUGAUCUAGCCAAGGUGGAGCAUGAGGUUCAGUCCCAUUUGAAAACUGGGCAGAAAAUCGUCGCAGAGGUUGUCAGCUUCCAGGGGCAGGAACAAUCCGAGUGUACGACCCUUGUCGCAUUUGUUGAAUGCAGUGAGGAUGAUUCAACUUCAAAUGUUGAUCUCAAAUCAAUGUAG